AAUAACACCAACUAUGUUAGUUGAUAAAAUUAAUAACUUGGUCGUCCGCGCCAUCGUAUGCCUGGCGUUACUGAUUGGUUGCAUUUGGCAUAUUGUGAAUGUCAGUGUCAUAUACUUUCGUUACGAGACGACAGUAUCCGUAGUGCUUAAAAAGGCGCAAGUGGUAGAGCUGCCCUCAUUCACUAUAUGCACAAAUAUAAGCUACGCGGUCGACGCCGACUAUUUACGGCACCGGUACCCAAACGACACGGCACUGGCAAACAUAACCGACACCAAUGAAAACAAAUGGCAAUACAAUCAAUACCUCUAUAACCUAACACUAGAGGAGCAACUAUUGAACGGCACGAUCGGCGCCAACCGUCAAAAUCUGAGCCAAUUGGCGGACAAUGAAAAGUACCGCGUGGACCACGACGUGAUGUUUCGGGACAACGCAUUUGCCCUGAUUUGGUUCGUACUGAACGUCAAGUACUUACAGGACGUAACCAUUUAUAUGCACGACCGGCGGGAGCCGUUUGUGGGCAACAUUGGCGGACAGUUGACAUACCUGGAUGUGGAUCAUCAAAAUUAUGGAUAUAGCACUUUUUCAUACAAAAUGAUCGACAUUAAACAAUUACCCUCACCCUACCAGACCCAAUGCGUCGACUACCCACUACUCGGUUAUAGGUCCCAUACGCACAGCGUUGGCCAAUGUCGAGCUAAGUAUUAUCGUGAUCAUUUUGCCGGCUGGCAGCCGGACAUGAUCUAUCGCGAUGAAUAUUAUGAUAAACAAUUAGCGGCUGACUGCGCCCACCAGAUCGGCCGUAGGCCCGACUGUCACUCCGUGUACUACACUAUGAAUAAAGUCUAUAGCCAUCAGAGAGUCAACAAUAGUAAUGAUUCAGCUUAUUUCUCUGUAUCUUUUAAUAUGCCCGCCGGCACAAUCACACGUUAUGUGCACUCACCCCGUAUGGAGUUGGCCGAGUAUAUGGGCUAUAUUGGUGGUGUGUCGGGCCUAUGGUUUGGUCUAAACAUACUGGCCUUUUAUGAUAUU